CAAUAUUUGACAGACAACCGCUGUGCGCGCAGCACGGUCGAAUCCGUACGCGUCGGGACGUGGCUGCAGUCGUGCACGCCAGGAAGGCGGUCCUGCGUUGCGACUGGUUGCGCUGCCUCGCGCGGGCUGCCAUUCGUGGGGGCUAGGCAGCCCCACACACCACGAUGCCAUGGCGGGCGGCCGCGGCGCCGCGGUGGGCCGUGCUCUUCGCCGUCGCGGCGACGGCGCAAGACGCGCGGGACUUCGACUUCUGCGGCACGUAUGCCUUUUCCGAGUGGACGAAUUUUAAUGGCGUGCCGCCGGACGAAGGCGGCUUCCAAUUUGCGGCGACGGACCCGAUAACAGGGGCUGGGUGCCGCGCGAGCACGACGACGGCGGACGGGAACGCGAUCUGGCUCACUGACGACCAGGAGCUGGAAGAUGAAGAAGAGGAUGGCGAAGAGGAAUACUCAGACUACUCUGUGGAGGUUACUGGUAGACCGGAGAUCACCGGGGAGGCCGGCGGGUGGGCGGUGUUGCUGCGUGCGCACGGCUGGGACCCUGAUUGUGUGUGUGGUGUCUCGUGCUUCGGAGCGUCAUGCCCAUCUUACGAGGCCUACGCGUGCACGGUGAACACUUUCGACUGCACGCUGACACUGUCGGGAGGCCUCACGUCGGGUGUGGGCCUCACAUCGGAGGAAGGCCGCUUUGUCCUCGCUUCCACAGAAAUCACUGAUUGCGCAGACGAGGCCGCAUCGCCGGAGCUCUGGAAGCUCUACGCAUUCGCCGUCGAAGAUGAGCUCGGCUGCCAAGUCACGCUGCCGUCGGGCGCGCGCUUUUCGGUCGACGACAAAGAUGGUGCUUACGAGAUCGGCGCGGUCGGCAUCGCCGGCGCGGGCGUGGGCCAUACGUUCGCCAGUGUCAGUAUCGUCGCCCGCGAGGAUACUUGGUGGCCACCUACGCCGGCACCGACCGCGCCCUCGGCGAAGCCGACGGCGCUGCCAUCUGCUAGGCCCGCGCCGGCGCCGACGCCGCGGCCAUCGCCGUCGCCGAGCGCCGCGCCUGACGAGCCGACGCUGCAGCCCGUUCCCAGCCCGACGCCACGGCCCAGCUCUCAACCAACUUCCCGGCCCACGCCAGCGCCUUAUCCGGCCCCGAGCGCAAAACCGACGAAUCCGGCGCCGUCGCCGGCACCCAGCGCCAAGCCGACUCCAGUGCCGAGUCCACGGCCCUCAGAAGCACCCACGCGGUCGCCGACGCGGCGCCCGACGCCGGCGCCGAGCGCCACGCCCGGCAGCCCGACGGCGGCCCCGGUCUUCGCCCCGACGCCACGGCCGACGCCCGCGCCGACGCCGAGGCCGUCCUCCGCGCCGACGACGUCAAGGCCGACGACAGCCACGCCGUCGGCGGCGCCCACCGUGACCGCCGCGCCGUCGCUCAAACCGACACUGCCCCUGUCAUCCUCCAACAAGAACGCCCCGCAAGCCGACGCGGCGAGCGGCGGCCAGGCUGCCGCGGGCGUCCUCGCGGUCUUCGCCAUCUUCGCUUGCGUUGGUGGGUGUUACUACAUGCAACGACGGCGGAAGCCCAAUCCACUCAAAGAUAAUGCUGACGAGGCGGACGCGGCGCACGUGGCUUUGAGUUUAGAGGCCGACGACGACGAGGAGGCGCCGCUCCCGCCGCCGCCCAAGCGGAGAGAGGCUGCUCUAGCUAAAGCGGCGCCCCCGGCCGAAGCGAAGAAGGUGAAGCACCACCGCCGCGACGAGCCCAAGGAACUGGAGCCCCCCCAAUAUGAAUAUGCGCGGCGGCCGCGCUCGCCGCGCAAGUCGCCGCGCAAGCCGCCGAAUCCCAACUGGCACCCCGUCGUCCACAAGGCGGCCCAGACGCGGGAAAAGGGCGAGGCGGCGCUCGACGCGCUCGAGGACGCGGAGCGGCGCGGCGACCGCCGGGCCGCUGAGUCCGCGCGCCAGGCCGUCGAGGACCACGCCGCAGAAGUCGCGGAGCACCGGCGCAUCCUGCAGGCCCACGUCGACGAGAAGCGGAAGGCUCGCGCGUUGAAGAAGGCCGCGGCGGCCGAGAAAUUGAUUAGAUUACGCGAGGAGCUCGCCGCGGCGCGCGCCGCGGCGGCGAAGCCCAAGUCCUUAACGGCGUCGCACGCGCGGCUCCGGUCGGCGCUGCGCCAGCGCGACGACCUGGACUCGUCCGAGGCGUCUUCGUCGGAAGAGGACGGCAUGGAGCUGGGGAGCUAGUAGUAACGAAUGUGAAACUU